AUGGAAGCUGCGUCGUUGUCGGUCUCGAUUUGCACCGCUCGUGCGCUGUAUGGCCAGAAAUCCUUCACAUUUUCCAACUACAGCUUGAGCAUUGGAUUGGGUCCUGGCGAAUUUAUCAGGUCCCAGACCUUCAAUGUUGGAGGGUUUGACUGGUCAAUCAGAUACUACCCUAAUGGAGCCAACCAUGGCUAUAGAGAAUACAUCUCAGUGUUUCUUGAGCUUAUGACACCAGGUGCUCAGGUUAGGGCAAAUUUUUCUCUCAGAAUAUUGGCUGGACACACCCAACCUUCAGAGACAUGUUUGAUCAAUCAAGAGGACAGUAGGGUAUACACCUAUGGCUGGGAGAAGUUCAUUGGAAAAACAGCUCGGGAAUCAUCAGCUGAACUGAUGGUGCUUAACAGCAUCACGAUUGACUGUGACAUCUUUGUUUUGACCGAAAGACCAUUGGUAUCAGGAACACACCAUGUGUCCCCUGCAGCUAGGACACCAUCCUCAGAGUCGUUCUACAAUGACUUUGCAAGGUUGCUGGAGUCACAGGAAGGAGCUGAUAUCACUUUCCUUGUCAAAGGAGAGGCCUUCCCUGCACACCAGGUGGUGCUCAUUGCGCGAUCCCCGGUCUUUGCGGGCACUGCUUCAGGGUGA